GGGGCCGGCGCUGCGGCGAGAGCAGCAGGGAAGGAGGCGUGCGGCGCCCGCCCCCACCCGCGCUGCCCGGAGCCGGAGGCGCAGCCAGGCGCUAUCGCAGCCUCAUCCCGGCGCUCAGCGCAGCACCGAGCCCGUGAGGCGGCCCUUCCCUGCGCAGAGGUGGCAGCGGCAGGCGGCAUGACGGCGGAGGAGAUGAAAGCGGACGGGGCUCCCCUGGAAGGGGUGGACAUCACUCCCAAGCAGGAUGAGGGCGUCCUCAAGGUUGUCAAGAGAGAAGGCAGUGGGACAGAGUCUCCGAUGAUAGGUGAUAAGGUGACCGUCCAUUACACGGGGUGGCUUCUCGAUGGCACAAAAUUUGACUCCAGUCUGGACAGAAAAGACAAAUUCUCCUUUGACUUGGGGAAAGGUGAGGUGAUCAAAGCAUGGGACAUUGCUGUGGCCACUAUGAAGAUUGGUGAAAUCUGUCGGAUUACGUGUAAACCAGAAUAUGCCUAUGGCUCAGCUGGGAGCCCCCCAAAGAUACCUCCCAAUGCUACACUGAUUUUUGAGAUAGAACUUUUUGAGUUCAAGGGAGAGGACCUCACUGAUGAAGAAGAUGGUGGCAUCAUCCGAAGAAUUCGUAAGAAAGGGGAGGGCUACUCCAGGCCCAAUGAGGAUGCACUUGUGGAGAUCCAGUUUGAAGGCCGACACGGAGAUCGUGUUUUUGACAAGCGGGAAUUGCAGUUUGAGAUUGGAGAAGGUGAAAACUUUGAUAUUCCUCAUGGUCUGGAGAAAGCAAUUCAAAAAAUGGAGAAAUCAGAGGAAUCUGUGUUCUAUCUCAAGCCCAGCUAUGGUUUUGGAAGUGCUGGGAACGAGAAAUUUAAGAUCCCUCCAGAUGCAGAGCUGCAGUAUGAAGUGAAACUCAAAAGCUUUGAAAAGGCUAAGGAGUCCUGGGAAAUGAACACAGAUGAGAAGUUAGAACAGAGCUCUAUCGUGAAGGAGAGAGGCACUCAGUACUUCAAGGAGGGGAAAUACAAGCGGGCAGCAUUACAGUAUAAGAAGAUUGUGUCAUGGCUGGAGCACGAGUCGGGACUCUCUGAGGAAGAGGAGUCAAAAGCCAAAAGCCUGAGGCUUGCUGCCCACCUUAACUUAGCUAUGUGCCAUCUCAAGCUAAAGGAGUACUCCCAGGCUUUGGAGAACUGCAACAAGGCACUCGAGUUGGAUAGCAACAAUGAAAAAGGCCUUUUCCGGCGUGGAGAAGCUCACUUGGCUGUCAAUGACUUUGAGCUGGCCCGAGCAGAUUUCCAGAAAGUGAUUCAACUUUAUCCAAGUAACAAAGCUGCCAAAGUGCAACUGGUGACUUGUCAGCAAAAAAUACGGGAGCAGCAUGAGAAGGAGAAGAAGAUGUACGCCAACAUGUUCCAAAGGCUUGCAGACAAAGACUUAAAGUCAUCUGCUACUCUUCAGACAAGCCACACUGAAGAUGCAGAAAUGAAAGAUGCGCAGAAUGGAGUUGAAGAUAAAUCAGAAGUUGAAGCAGAAGCAUAAGAAAACCCCUAUUCCAUUAGUUUUGUAAAUGAAUUUCCAGUGAAUUAGACCUUUAUUUUUCUACCUGGUUGGAUAGUGGCUUCAAGGGAGCAGAGGCUGAAGCCACCAUGCCACAGUCAGUUACAGCUUUAUGUGGCUGUUCAAGAAGCUGAGUGGCAGCAUAAAUCUGGCUUAAUCCUAGUGACUUUAUUUAUUCAUUCAGCCUCUGUUUCUGUUUGGGUUCUGUCUGGAUUUACUCUGCUUGGUUUAUUUGCAUUUUCAUAGAAUCAUAGAAUGGCUUGAGUUGGAAGGGACCUCAAAGAUCUAGUUCUAAUUCCCCCUGCCAUGGACAGGGACACCCUUCACUAGACCAGGUUGCUCAGAGCUUCAUCCAGCCUGGUCUUGGACACUGCCAGGGAUGGAGCAUCUACAGCUUCUCUGGGCAGCCUGUUCCAGUGCCUCACCACCCUAAAAGUAAAGAAUUUCAUCCUAAUAACUAAUCUUAACAUGCCCUCUUUCAGUUUGAAGCCAUUCCCUUUUGUGCUGUCACAACUUGCCCUUGUAAAUAGUCUCUCUCCAUGUUUCUUGUAGGCUCCCUUUAAGGUACUGGAACGCCACAGUUUGGUCACCCCAAAGCCUUCUUUUUUCCAGGCUGAACAAUUCCAGUUCUCUCAGCCUUGUCUCAUAAGGAGAGGUGCUUCAUCCCUCUGAUCAUCUUGGUGGGCCCCCUCUGGACUUGCUCCAAAAGGUCCAUGUCCUUCCUGUGCUGGGGACCCCCAUCACCAGAGGUGGAUGCAGUGUUCCAGGUGGGGUCUCACCAGAGUACAGGGUGAAAAUCCCUUCCCUUCCCUGCUGCCCGCACUGCUUUGGAUGCAGCCCAGGUUACAAUUGGCUUCUGGGCUGUGAGUGCACAUUGCCAGCUCAUGUCCAGCCUCUCAUCCAACAGCACCCCCAAAUCCUUCUUGGCAGGGCUGCUCUGGAUCUCUUCAUCCCCCAGCCAUUAUUGAUGCCAGGGGUUGCCCCAGCCCAGGUGCAGCACCUUGCACUUGGCCUUAUUGAAGCCUCAUGAGGUUCACAUGGGCCCACUUCUCAGGCUUGUCCAGGUCACUGUGGGUGGCAUCCUGUCCUUCAGAUGUGUCAAGGGGACUGCUCAGCUUGGUGUCACCUGCAGAUUUGCUCAGGGUGCACUCUACCCCUUCAUCCAUGUCAUUAACAAAGGUGAUAGUAACACUGGUCCCCGUAUGGACCCCUAAGAGGACACCACUUGUCACUGGUGUCCACUGGGAUGCUGAGCCGUUGACCACUAGCCUGUAGAUGUGACCAUGUAACCAAUUUCUUAUCCAUCAAACAGUGCACCCACUGCAUCCAUCUCUGUCCAAUUUAGAGAGAAGGAUGUUGUGGGGAGCUGUGUCUAAGGCAGGAAAUUACAGAAAUGAAGUUAAAUGACACCUGUAGCCUUUCCCUUGUCCAUUGAUGGAGUCACUCCAUCACUGAAGGCCACUAGGCUGCUCAGAUGGUUCUUGCCCUUGGUGAAGCUGUGCUAGCUGUCCCUGGUCACCUCCCUGUCCUCCAUGUGCCUUAGCAGAGCAUCCAGGAGGAUCUGUUCCGUGAUCUUCCCGGGCACAGAGCUGAGGCUGACAGGUCGGUAGUCCCUGAUUUGUCAUUGGUGUUUUUCUUUCUGGUUCCAGUCCCAGGUUCUGCAUUCUAAAUUUAUUUCCUCGACUUGCUUCAAGUAAUCAGCUUUUUUCAGGAGUCCUCAUGCGAGACUUAAGAACAAAUUGGCGCUCCCAGUUCUUCUGCCUUGGGAUUGCCCUCUGCCCCUGUUCAGUAGGGAGUCCCUUCCAUUAAGUUUUGUAGCCUGUCUUGUAUGCCUCCUCUUUGCAAAUUGCUGAAGGUGAAGACUGUGAAGUCACAGCUUAAGUAAUAAAGCUCCAAUUAAACUCAAGAAAA